AUGCCUGUUUCUGCCUCAGGCCACAAGUACCGCAAACCUCCAUCCGUUCCAUCAUCGACCCUACAACCUUCCCCCCAAGUCCCCUGCCUUCUCACCCUCCACGUUCAACGAUCUUUUGGCAGAGCAAUGCUGUCCCAACGGAUCCUGGCCCGGCGCCUGCCCCAGGUUGCUGCCCGCAGUGCCAUUGCCCCCCGCGCAUCCUUCUCCCAGAUCCCAGCCCUCCGUGCUGCCGAGAUUGAGGACCCCCACCAGAAUGGCAACUACCAGAACCCUCCCCGCGUGAAGCGUCAGUUCAGAGAUCCCUACGGCGGAUGGUGGGACAAGCAAGAGAAGCGUAACUUCGGCGAGCCGGUCCACGAGGACAACGAGAUUCUCGGUGUCUUCAGUCCCGAGCAGUACACCCACGUUAGCUCCGGCAAGGGCUUCCUCCACCUCGGAGUGUUCGUUGCAGCCUUCCUGAGCCUGUGCGGUGUUGUCAGCCUUUACUAUCCCGACAAGCCCAGUGUGCCCAAGGCCUAUGUUGAUGGUCUGGAGAAGGAACUGGGUGGUCCCAAUGCUGUGCCGGCUUGCAAGGCUGGUGAGGACAAGUGGUAA